AUGGCAAUGAUGAUUCUUCGAGUUGUCAGGGAUCUUUUUCUAGUUUUGACAAACCAGCUGAAGAGGAUUUCAUGUCCAAUUCAGGACGCGAUUCGCGCUGAUGCGUCUGUUUGUAUGGAGAAACAAGCUGCAUCCAAUCCAAUGAUAGGUUUCAACCCCGAUAACAGUAUUCCAUCAGGUAGUAGCUCUUCAGCAGGUCGAACCCCAGCAGGGUUUCAGGGCUUUAUUGAAUCUAGGAGGAAAUUUAAACAGAUGGAUAAUAAGGGUAAUUUCUGUUCAAAUUUUACUCUUCCAGGUUGUUCGGAUUCAUCCUUUUCGAAUGCAAUUAUAAAGCAUAGGAGCAAGAUAAAUUUUGCAGCAGCUAGUAAGGAAGUUGAAACAAGAAAGACAUGGAAUAUUGGGCUGCAAUUGGGUCUUUUCUCAGCAGAAGACGAAGUUGCAAUUUUGGAAUUGCUGUGUCUUAGGCAUCAACAGGACUUUUCGAAAGGGGGGCUUUCUUUAUCGAGAAAACAGCGUUUUGUUCGUUCUUUGGUCUUUAAGAAUCAUUUAUCGGUUCUUGGGUUGAUUGAAACUAAAAAGGAGAGUUUUGACGAGUUUGGUAUAAGGAGACUUUGGCCCAAUUCUGAUUUUAAUUUUAGCUUUUCUCCGUCUCAAGGUGCAUCAGGUGGAUUAGUUUUGAUUUGGAAUAAGCUUCUGAUUUCUCCAACAAGGUUGAUUACUUCCUCAAGACUGAUUUUGGUUUAUGCAAGUAACUGCUCAAGGGAUCGUUUCAUCUUAUGGCAAGAAAUUAAUUCUGAAAUUGUGUGUGACAAGCUUUGUAUUCUGUUGGGGGAUUUUAACGAAAUUAUGGAUCCAUGUGAAAGGCUAAACUGCUCUAGCUUCUCCAAUUCGAUGAAGGAUUUCACGGAUUUUAUCAAUUCUUCUUCUUUGCUAGAAGUUCCUUUACAAGUUUUAUCGGAUUGGGGUCCUAAACCUUUUAAGUCUAUCAACGCUUGGUGGAAUUAUUCUCAUUUUUACUCGCUUGUUGAUAGUUCUUGGGCUAUUAUAUCUGAAAAUACUGCUAAGGGUAGUCUUGUGGCUAAGUUGAAAGAGCUUAGAUCAGUUAUUAGAAUUUGGAAUAAGACUCAUUUUGGGGAUUUGAACACAAAAUUGGGUGAUGUCCAAAAAUCUAUUAAUGACAUGGAUUCAACUGCAGACUCAUGGCCUUUGGUGGAUUUGGAAUUAACUCAAUUAUCAUCUCUUCAUGUCGAAUUUGAUAAGGUUUCAAAACAGCUUGAUUCGUUGUGCCUACAAAAAUCAAGGUUAAACUGGAAUCAGUUUGGUGAGAGGAAUACUAAGUAUUAUCAUUCGGUAGCCUCAAUCAGAUCUAGAUCUAAUCUUAUUUCAGAAAUUACAGUGAACAAUGUUCUAUAUUCGGAUCCGAAUGAUAUCAAGUUUCAAGUUUUCUCUUUUUAUAAGAAUUUGUUCAAGCAAAAGCAGCUUAUGCCGAAGUUUUCUCUUUCAGAUUUGCCUAUAGUUAGCCUCUCGGAUGAGCAGGCUGUUAAUCUUUUUUCUCCCUUUUUGGAAUCAGAAAUUUUCAGCGCUUUAUCUAGCUUUGACGAUAAUAAAUCUCCGAGACCUGACGAAUUUAAUUUCUUUUUCUAUAAGCGAGCGUGGAAGAUUUUAAAAGAAGAUAUUUUGAAAAUCUUCUCUGUAUUCUACUCUUCUGGCUAUUUUCCGGUGGGAUUAAAUACUGCUUUUUUGGUUUUGUUACCGAUGUUUAAAGAAGCCUCCGAUAUUGCGGAUUUUUGUCCAAUUAGCUUGGUUAAUGGUAUUCGGAAAUGGGUCUCUAAGGUGCUAUCUGAAAGACUUCCUCCCAUUCUUCCUUCAAUUAUUUCAGAAUGUCAAUAUGGCUUUGUAAAUGGGAGAAACAUUCAUGAUUGUCACAUGAUAGCUUCUAAAAUUAUUCAUGUGAUUCAUUCUCGCAGGGAAAAGGCUCUUAUGAUUAAACUGGAUUUCAAAAAAACUUUUGAUUUAGUGUCUUGGAUUUUUAUUAUUUCUAUGCUUAAGUGUAUGAAUUUUGAUGGCACUUGGAUUAACAGGAUAUCCUCUCUUUUCAGUUCUUCACAACUAUCCGUGUUGGUUAAUGGUUCUCCCUCUGAUAAUUUUUUUAUGGAGAAAGGAGUGCGCCAAGGAGAUCCAAUUUCGCCUCUUCUUUUUGUUAUUGCUAUUGAGGACUUGCGUGCUAUUUUUUCUGAAGCGACUUCAAGGGGUUUGAUUGAUGGUAUUCAAAUUGAGGGGUGCAUAAAUCAGGUUUCGUUAUUACAAUUUGCAGACGACACUUUGGUUUUCAUUCCUUAUGACUUGGAAAAGCUUAUGAAUUUGAGGCGUAUUUUACACUGUUUUGAACUGAUUUCAGGCUUGGAAAUAAAUUUCCAGAAGUCUUCCAUUACAGGUAUUAAUAUAGAUGAUUAUUCUCUGAGUUUGGCAGCAGAUAUUUUAUCUUGUAAAAUGCAGGAUUUUUCUAUUACUUAUUUAGGAUUACCUUUGUCAAUUAAGAAACUGAAUAUGAAGCAAUGGGAUCCGGUUAUUCAUAACUUUUCUACUCAGCUUUCUUCGUGGCGCGGUAGUCUUUUAUCCUCAGCAGGUCGGUUAAUUCUUAUUAAGUUAGUGUUGAGUAGUCUUCCGGUUUAUUACAUGUGCUCGUUAUUUGCUCCGGCUUCGGUUAUUAAUUGCCUAGAGAAAUAUAUGCGUAAAUUCCUUUGGAAUGGAACCAUUGAGGGUAGAUAUUUCAGUAAAGUGGCAUGGCGGAAUGUUUGUUCUCCUUUUGUUGAUGACGGUCUUAAUACAAUUCCUCUUAGAAUGAAGAAUAGAUGUUUGUUAUUCAAAUGGAUAUGGAAAAUUAUGACUGCUCCUCGUAAUUCUAUGUGGUUCUCAGUGGUUUCAUCUAGUUGCGGUAUCUCGUUUUCGUUCGAACUUGAAUUAGAAGAUUCAUUAUGUCUUUCUCCUCUUUGGAAAGGUAUUACUACCUGUUGUUUGUCUCACACAGAUUCUUGGAAUAUUUUUAAAUAUAAUGUUUCAGUUGCUUUGGGUAAUGGUAAUGGUUUGAGAUUUUGGAGUGAUAAAUGGAUAAGCGAUGUUGUGCUUUCUUCCUCCUUUCCAAGCUUGUUUAGACUGUCCAGAAAUUCAAAUAGCACGGUGCAGCAAAUUAUGGGCUCUCGGCAGUCAUCUCAGCUUCACUUGAACCUUAAUUGGAAUCGGUCUCUGCGAGUUGGUGAAUCUGAAGAAUUGCUGCGUCUUGAGUCUAUGGUUGAAUCUGUAAACCUGAUUUCCGAGCAAGACAAGUUUGUUUGGUUGAAGAAGAAAGUUUAUUCAUCAGCUUCUAUGGGUGUUUUGUCAUGGCCAGUUAAACGAAGAAUUCAGCUAGGGGUGGCGGAUUCUAAUUUCUUUCGAAUUAUCUGA